CAAAAUUCCCCGUAAAAUCAAGUAUCUGUUGCUCAAAAAGCUUCAGAAUUAUGAAAAUUCAGGGUCUCCCCUUACUGCUUCCUGUCUUGCUACUUCUCUCUCCCAGAACAGAGGCUGCGACAAUCGGAAUCUGCUACGGUCGUGUAGCAGAUAACCUUCCGCCACUGUACACAGUGAUCAACAUUCUCAAGUCAAAUGGAAUUACAAAAGUUCGGAUAUUUAAUCCGGAGCCAGCUACAUUACAGUCUUUUUCUGGGACCGGAAUCAGUUUGAUAAUCGGCGUUCCGAACGAAAUCCUCCCUUCCCUGGCCUCCGGUCCCCCUGAAUUCUCCCUCUUGUGGCUCCAAUCCAACAUUCUCUCUCAUAUCUCCGCGACCCAAAUCCCAUAUCUCGCCGUCGGUAACGAGGUCUUGCUCAAAGAACCGUACUACACUCCCCACCUGCUGCCCGCCAUGCUCAAUCUCCACCAAGCCCUUCAAACAUUAAACCUAGAUGGCACUAUCAAGCUAUCGUCCCCGCAAGCCGAGUCGGUGCUCUCAAUCUCGUAUCCCCCGUCUUCUGGAACCUUCGAUCCCCUUCUUAAACCCGCUCUAAUCCCCCUUUUGCGGUUUUUAAUCGAUACAAAAUCCCCAAUUAUGAUCAAUGUGUACCCAUAUCUCAGCUACAUAAACAGCAUGAAAUACGUAUCCUUGGAUUAUGCAUUGUUCAGAAGCGAAAGGGUGGUUCAGGAUGGAGCGUUGAUGUACGGCAACCUGUUCGACGCCAGCAUUGAUGCGUUUCUGUAUGCGAUGGAGAGAGAAGGGUUUGGAGGGGUGUCGGUAGUGGUUUCGGAGACAGGGUGGCCGACGGCGGGUGGGGUGGCGGCGAGUGUGGAGAAUGCGUUGGAAUACAAUGGAAAUGUGGUGAGGAAGGUGGUGAGCGGCGCCGGGACGCCGAAGCGGCCGGAGAUGGCCGUGGAGGCUUAUUUGUUCGAUCUUUUUGACGAAAAUAGAAAGGGCGGAGAAGAGUAUGAGAAGCAUUUUGGGAUAUUUGGGCCUGAUGGAGUUAAGGCCUAUGACCUUUGGGUUUAGUUGAGUCCAUGUGAGAAUGUGGGUUGGGCUAUCUAAUGCAUUUGAUACGAAAAUUCCGAAUUUGUCUUUGCAAAUUAUUAUAAGUUUUUUAUUUUAUAGUUUGAAUUAUAUUAAAUUAUAAAAUGAGAAUAUUAGA